UAUAACAGCAACGACAGCAACGACAAGCACAAUAAAGAUUGAGACACAUGCGAGUAUAAGUCAUAGUACUACAAAAAAGAAGAAAUUAAAAAAACCUGAGGAUGAUGAGGAUGAUGAAAUUGAAGAAGAGAAAUUAGAAGAGGAGGAAGGUUAUGACUGGGAGGAAGCUAAGAGAGCACGGAAAUCCGCCACGAAAAAUAAAUCGAAACAAAAGUCUAAAGCAAAGACUUCAAAAAAGACCAAAAACACAAACAAAAAAAGAAAGCGAAACACAGAUAAUUCCGACAACAAAGAUGUGGAAGAAGAUACGUCGAAAAUCAAACCAAAGGACCAAAUGCCUAUUGGACAAUUUUUUAACAAGGUCGAUGAAUAUGCACGGCCAUUUCGAGAGGAAGAUCAUCAAUUCUUAUUAAAUAAAUUGGCUGAGGCGGAAGAUCGCAAAGCGUAUGAAAUUCCACCGCUAGGAAGACAUUGGGAAGAUUCACGCGACGAGGAACCGUAUAAUAGUGAUCGAGGAUAUCAUUCAGACGAGAUUGUAGAUGUAGAGACGUUAGGAUUGGGUACUAUUUCACAUGGUCCAUUGACAAGUCGGUUGUUCAGCGCUUUCAUGACUGAAACAAUAGAUUUUGAUAUCACGAAAUUUGAGAGUAAGGCUGAAAAGGAAGUUAAUGGGCACAAUGAAAAGAAAGAACCUCUCACCCCAUUCAAAAUUGAGGAAAUUGGAAAUAUUGACGAAAGGCUCAAACUUGAGCUUCAAUAUGUUGGGCUAUUAGAAAAAGAUGAGGAACUUAGUAGUAUGCAGAAAGAACAGCCUGUUGUUGCUACUACAAAUACAACUCAAAAUGGAGGAGAUGACGAUCAAGUAAAAAAGAAGCUUAUUGAGUUACAAGAAUCCUUACGAAAAGAAAGUCAAAUAAACGUCACUCGAAUCUCAAAAAUAAUUCCAAGACUAUGCAAGCAUAUAGCAUAUAAUCAAUUUAACGAUAUACUAGAUCAGCUAGACAAGCAAAUGGAAGAUAGCUUUGCUGUACGAUUUAAUUUAACGAAAACCCCAAAGAAGAAAAGACCGGCGAAUACCGAAGAACCCGAAUCGAAUUUAAUACGUCGCCAAAGAUACACCGAACAAAUCGGUCAAUUGUUUAACCCCGAGGAGUUCAUGUUGCCGACUGAAUCAAUUUUUGAUGAGGAGGAGAAUAUUUCAACGUCAAAUGAGAAGAGUUGA